AUAUUUAGCGACGGGGGAUUCUCUACAGACAAUUUCUUUCAGUUACCGUUUGGGACAUAGCACAGUACAAGCAAUUGUAAACGAUACUUGUAAGAUUAUAUGUGACAAUCUGUUGGCUGAAAUGAUGCCUAAUCCAACGGAAGAUAUGUGGAAAUCUAUUGCCAAUGACUACAAUAGAAUUUGGAACUUCCCGAAUUACGUAGGCGCUUUGGAUGGCAAGCAUGUUAACAUUCAAGCACCUCCAAAUAGUGGAUCGUUGUACUUUAAUUACAAGAAGACGUUCUCAGUCGUCUUAAUGGCUCUUGUUGAUGCUAAGUACAAUUUUAUUGCAGUUGAUGUUGGUGCAUACGGCAAAAGUAGCGAUGGUGGAAUUUUUACACAUUCUAAUUUAGGUAAAGCUAUUGAGCAAGAUAAACUACGAAUACCACGAAGUGUAAAGUUACCUAGCACAUCUAUUGAAGUUCCAUACGUCAUUGUUGGAGACGAAGCAUUCCCCUUAAAAACAUAUUUACACACGACAAGAUUUGGAUGUUUCUAA